AUGACAGCUGCAACACACUGCCCCGAUUGUCGGAAAAGAUAUAUGGAUGUACAGAAACCUUGGUGCAAGAAGUGCGAUUUCCCAAAAGUGUUUGGUCAAUGGACGAGUGGUGAUAAAAAAAUCGACGAAUUUAUCAAGCAUACACAAAAUACGGAAGGAAUCGAUUAUGAAAACAAUUACUUGGAAUGGAUUCCUUUUGACCGCUUCCGUAAUUAUGAAAUAAUUGGACGAGGCGGAUAUGGAACUGUGUAUUCCGCAGAAUGGAUUGAUGGAAAGAGAUGUUGGGAUCAAUCUACCGAUCCAUGGACAAGGACACGACAACCCUGCAAGGUGGCAUUAAAGAGCCUAAACAGCGAGAUGGAAUCUCACCAAGCAUUCAUUGAAGAAGUUCGUUCUCAUUAUAACGCGCAUAAUGAUUCUUUUGCAACCACUUCCUUCCCAAUGUAUGGUCUUUCCCGAGACCCCAAUACGCAAAAAUACUUGAUAAUUAUGCCAUUCAUCGAGAAUGGUAACUUGCGUUCAUACAUUCACGAAAACUUCCACGUACUAAAUUGGGAAUUUAAACUCCAAUUGCUCUAUAGUAUCGCAUAUCAACUCUCUUGUAUUCACAGUCGGCAGUUGGUCCAUAGAGAUUUACAUGGUGGAAAUGUGCUCGUGAAAAUUGAAGAAGGUAAAGGAAGCGCUGAAAUAACAGAUUUUGGACUUUGUCGUUCUGCCGACGAGGAAUAUGUUAAUCUGGCAAAACGUUGCCUUGAUGCUGAUCCAGAAAAGCGCCCUGGUACAUGGGAAAUUCGCAAUUUUUUUUCUAAUCGUCAUGCUACCAACAGCAUUCCACAGGAAUAUCGAAGAGCGGAUGAAUGCAAAAAGAAAGCCUCGCCUCCGCAGUCGAAUUAUGUUCACAGCGAUGCCAUCUACUCAAGUCGUCUUUUAGAUCUUAAAACUAUGAGACAAACAUUUGAUACCCAGCAACUUAAUCAGAUGAUUGAGGAUUUUUCGGACAUUUAA